GCCGACUCGAAAUUCAAGAUCAACUCGAUCUUAUCAACACUCCCUGCAUUGGACUAUCGGCUUCCGGAGAUCCGAUUCCUCGAAUGGUGCGGCAUCAUGGCGUCCAGCUCGGAAACCAUCCGCAUCGGCUACGUCCCGGAGCACUACCUCACUCCCCUUCAUCUGGCCCUCCGCUCCCCGGCUGUGCAAUUGCUGCCCUUCAAGCUCUCUCUCAUUCCUUUCCCAUCCGGCACGGGACAUAUGAUCACCUCCCUUCGCGAGAAGGAGAUUGACAUUGGUAUCGGGCUGACCGAGGGCUGGGUUGCCGGUCUAGCGGGGAAAGCGCAAGCCCAGAAGGAUGCUGCCGAGGGAGGUUACAAGAUGGUUGGCCAAUGGGUCGAUACGCCCUUGCGGUGGGCUAUUGUGACGGGUCGGGAGAGAGAUGAUAUUCAGACGGUGGCUGACCUGAAGAAUAAGCGGGUUGGCAUCAGUCGACCGGGAAGUGGCUCCCAUAUCAUGUCCUUUGUUUUGGCCCAGAAGCAAGGCUGGCAACCCGAUGCAUUGACUGCCGUGCCGCUGGGUCCUUUCGGAAGUCUGCGCAAUGGAGUGACCGGCCACGAUGACUCGCAUCCGGAGGGUAAACCCGAGCCCACGGCAGAGUUCUUCAUGUGGGAGCAAUUCACCACGAAGCCGUACUUCCACUCAACCGCGGAGAAGCCUGACCCGCCUCUCAAGAAAUUCGACGAGAUUUACACCCCCUGGCCUUCCUGGAUGGUGGUCGCCUCGACGGCCGUCUUCCCAGAACCAGAGCAUGAUUCCAAGCUGCAGCAGUUGUUCAAACUUUUCGAUCAAGGCAUCCAGGAUUUUGAGGCCGACACGACGCAAGCAGUCCGUCUCCUUGGAACAGGAGAGCUCGGAUGCACGUACACCGAGGAGGAUGCCAAGGAAUGGUUGAAGGAUGUCAAGUUCGUCCAAGGUACCCAGGGCGUGGAUCGGAAGAUGGUAGAAAGCGUGGUAGAUGUCCUGAAAAUUGCCGGCGUUAUCGACAGCGGCAUGACUCAUGACGAAGCCGUUGAGAGAGUCAUUGGAAUUCACCGGUGAUCGCAGGAUUCGUGGUCGACGGGCGACGACUGCCAAAUACACAGAGAAUGUUGCGAUGGCCCACUUUCUUCAAUCAGAAUUGCUUCCACCACGAUGCACAGACGUAGGAUGUCAGUAUGCUUAAGGUCUGUUUAGUUGUCAAGCCAAGUGCCGUAUCUUAUUGAUCACCAGGACGACAAGUCGCAUUCCUGAGAGAACAUGCGGGCGCCG